CACCAAUUGAUCUGCGAACAGCCAACAGAGUCCAACAAUCAAACCAUGGAUUUCAACGGAAGUGAGUCAAUUGGCCGUGAAGAAGAGAGAGAAAGCAUCAUGAUGAACAGCUACGGCGGCGGAAUAUCAGCGGUGAAGAUAGUGGAAUACAUGAUCUCCUCAAUGUCGAUCGAGCUUCUCUGCAAGUUUCCCGACAACUCCGCUUUCGAUUUCGACUAUACUCAGAGCUCAAUUUGGUCUCCGUUAGUCCCUCACCCUUCAAACCCAUCGUCCCCAGCACCGGAGUUACAGAGGAAGCUUUCCUAUGAAGAUGACAACCACGGCGGUGACGAUAUGGUCUGUCACAGUAGCAGCGGCGGAGAAACCGUGAGGAAAUUGAAGGAAAAUGUAAAGAACAAGAUUGCAGAUUCGUGUGUGUUUAGUUGCUUCAAAAUCCAUCACAAUUUCAGCAAUAAGAAGACGACGAUGAAGAGAAGGAGUAGUACUUUCAGAGGGUAUAAUCAAUUGGGAUCGAUUUGUUCGAAUUCAUCCGGUGUGGUUGCAGAUCCUUCAAGUUCUUCCCCAAUUCAAAGCAAGGGGUGGAAGAAGGUGCUGAAAGCGGCAUCAAAGCAAUUCAAGAAGACAAUGAAGAAGAAAGAAAAUUAG